GCGAGAACAGACAGCAUGAGCACUGCCGGAAAAGUAAUCAAAUGCAAAGCUGCUGUGCUGUGGGAGUGUCACAAGCCCUUCUCCAUCGAGGACAUUGAAGUUGCACCCCCUAAAGCCCAUGAAGUCCGCAUUAAGAUGGUAGCCACGGGAGUCUGCCGCUCAGAUGAUCACGCAGUUCAUGGAAGCCUGUUCACAACUCUUCCUGCGAUUCUAGGCCAUGAGGGAGCUGGUAUUGUGGAGAGUGUUGGAGAAGGGGUGACUUCCGUAAAGCCAGGUGACAAAGUCAUUCCACUCUUCUCUCCCCAGUGUGGAAAAUGCAGGAUUUGCAAGCACCCGGAAAGCAACUUUUGUAUGAAAAAUGAUUUGGCAACGCCUUCGGGCACUUUGCUUGAUGGCACCAGCAGGUUCUCCUGCAAGGGAAAACCCAUCCAUCACUUCAUCCACACCAGCACCUUCUCCCAGUACACUGUGGUAGAUGAAAUUGCGGUAGCCAAGAUCGAUGAUGCCUCACCACUGGAGAAAGUCUGCCUCAUCGGCUGUGGGUUCUCUACUGGUUAUGGCUCUGCUGUCAAGGUUGCCAAGGUGACUCGAGGCUCCACCUGUGCGGUGUUUGGCCUCGGAGGUGUUGGUCUGUCUGUCAUCAUUGGCUGCAAAGCGGCAGGAGCAGCCAGGAUCAUCGCUGUGGACAUCAACAAAGACAAGUUUGCGAAGGCCAAAGAGUUGGGUGCCACUGAGUGCAUCAACCCUCAAGACUACAAAAAACCCAUCCAGGAAGUACUCCAGGAAAUGACCGAUGGAGGGGUGGACUUUUCAUUUGAAGUCAUUGGCCGUCUUGACACCAUGACGUCUGCCCUGUUGAGCAGCCAUGCCGCAUGUGGUGUGAGUGUCGUUGUAGGGGUGCCUCCUAACUCCGAAAGCCUCUCAAUGAACCCCAUGCUGCUGCUGAUGGGACGCACCUGGAAAGGAGCAAUAUUUGGUGGCUUUAAAAGUAAAGAUUCUGUCCCUAAACUUGUGGCUGACUUUAUGGCUAAAAAGUUUCCAUUGGAACCAUUAAUUACCCAUGUUUUGCCUUUUGAGAAAAUAAAUGAAGCAUUUGACCUGCUUCGUGCUGGAAAGAGUAUCCGUACCGUCCUGACAUUCUGAGAGCACAUCGAUGCCUUCUCGUGUACAGGUUUCUGGCCUCCCCACCCCACCGAAUCACAGCACCAGCCACACCACGGCCUUAAUUUGAGA